AUGGACAACAUCCCUCUCGACCCGGCGCUUGAAGCGCUCAUGCCAAGCACUGACGACCUGAUGGAAAUAGAUGUACUCUCCGCUCCACAGAAUGAAUCGAGGAAGAGAAGCAUCCCGUUGCCAGAUGCUCCUACUCCUGCACCAGAGCCCGACCAAUAG